CCAACAGCUGUGCUGGGGCAGCUGGAGCUGACCUGUAUAUAAACUGAGCGGCUACCACUUUACUUGUUAGAUUAUAGUUGAAUCUCUUGUGCGCUGUGUUUUAUCGCAAAUUUGCUAUUGUUAGAAGAUUCAAAAUGUUCCAAAUCAGCCGUGAGGCUUUUUGUGGUUUUGCCGCAGUAAUUUUAUUGCAGUCGCUAGCUUCCAAUGCAGACCUACUUGAUGGAGAUAUCAAAAUGAAAGCUGAGGAUGUGAUGUCUUCAGUGGAGGAGAAAAUGGCGGAACUGGAGAAGCAAGCCAAGGAUUUCAUGAUGUCUGAAACCAAACAAUUGAAAAGCAUGUUGUUCGGUGAUGGCGAUUCUGAAGUUGCUGCUUCUGAGCCUGUCAACGCAACAGCAGCAACAACAGCAAGUGUUAAGGAUGACACCCAAAAGUCGAAUGCAACUGUGGAGACUGCGGUCGCUGUCAAAGAACCUGAAAACGUGGAAGAUUCUGAUGAUGAGGAUGAAGAUGAUGAUGAUGAUGACAUCGUAGCGGAGGAAUUUCCCUUCAUCAGCCCUGGAAUGUUUGCCAACCUAUUCGGAUCUCAGAUUCCCAGUAUGUUCAAUUUGAUGCAUUCUACACGACCAUGGUGGCAGGGGAAGAACGUUUGUGUGAGCCGUCAGGAGAAAAAUGAAACCAAAGAUGAAGCUGAGAUUGGAAGUGGCCCUGAGCCAGUCAUCAUGAUGGGAGUCUCACAGUUCACUUCUUGCAAGCAGACACCCUCCAAAUAUGUCUGCACCACUGUUGUGACCGAACCCGGAUUUUCGAAGACAAAUACCGUUACUUACCAAUGCUGCCAUGGAUACAGGAGAACUUUUAAGAACCAGACAUGCGUCAAAGUUGAGGAAAAGCCAGUGACUGAUGUGCUGACAGAUAUGGGAGCAUUAAUGUUCGAUGCGUUGGUGCGAAAAACUGGCCUGGAUGAGAAACUAGAUGCCCAAAAUAUGACUGUCUUUGUUCCCACUGACGAAGCUAUCAGUGUGUUUCGCCAGAGUGAUGAUAUCACAGUCGACAGAAUACCUGAUAAUCCAAUUCAGGUAAUGAUGAAUGAUGACCCUUCACUUACAAAUGAGAUUCCAAGGACCGAUCGGCAGCUGGGUAUCAGGAAUAAGCCAAUGAGUAACAAAGACAUGAUCCUGGCUCAGACAACCCCUGGCUUUAUCGAGCUGGCUGACUUCACCAAUGAAAAGGUACUUACAAGUGAAUUCAACUCCACUCUUCGUUUGAAUGUCUACCCGGGGCGCAAAGGGCCCGUAGUGACUGUGAACUGCGCCCUUAUCACAUCACCUGACAACUACGCCACCAACUCAAUCAUGCACAUGGUUGAUAGAGUCAACCCCUCAGUCAACCAAAACCUAGCUCAGCUACUUGAAAACGCCGAAUUCAGCGAGUUCAAAGCAUUGUUGGUAAACAACGGCCUGUAUGAUCGUCUCUCUGAAGAAGGUCCAUUUACUGUUUUCGCCCCAACCAACUCAGCCAUCUACAAACUGGAUGAUGGUCUCAGAGCUAAAUAUAGCCGUGGAGAAGCAUGCAUCAAGACUGUGUUGAAACACCACAUUCUGGGACACACCGUUUGCUCGUCUGCAGCCAACAAUGGAAGCCGCAUUUCGACCGUGAACUUGGCCAAUGACUGGCUGCACAUUCAUAUGGACGAGUCUGGAAAUAUUGUGCUUGAUGACAAGGCUAGGAUUGUCGAGAAAGAUAUGGUCGCCACUAACGGUGUUCUCCAUGGUCUCGAUAAAAUGCUCAAUCCCAAGAAUGCAAAGCCAGUCUCAGACCUUCUAGCUUCCACCAAUCACAGCAAGUGGCUGGAAUUGAUGGAACGCGCCGGAGUGAUUGAAGAACUGAACAACGCUGAAAAUCUGACCAUGUUUGCGCCGAGCGAAGCGGCCCUGAACAAGUCCGCUGAUGCGCUGAAUGCUAUGGAUGAGGCUGCUCUGAGGGAUGUCAUCAUGUACCAUGCCACCAAACAGUCAUGUGGAAUACAGAAUAAUGAAGUGCUAGAGUCCUUCCUGCCUAGUGCCAAGCUCCGCGUCCAUACCUACACCAAUAUUCCUCUGUUCUCAAGACUGGGUUCCAGUGUGACGGUGGAGUGUGCUCGAAUUGUGAAGAAGGAGGGCAAAGCUUGCAACUCAGGAGUGUAUGAGAUUGACCAGGUUCUUUUACCUCCCAAUGGUACUGUGCUGCAAGUCAUUCAGAACGAUCCGGAGCUGACCAUUGUCAAGGAAAUGCUUAAGGGAACAAUUUUGGAAAGUCAACUGAAGUCAUUGUCUGAUAAGAACUACACUUUCUUGGCCCCAUCCAAUGCCGCUCUUAUGAAACUUCCUGAACGGACAAGGACAAUGCUGUUGCAAGUGACAGGUUUUGCUGACCAGGUUCUGCAACGCCAUGUUAUUUUUGAUGUGAUCUGCUGCAGUGGAGUGAUGCCUGUGCCCUGGCCCUUCUCCAAGACUGUUGAAUCUAUGGGUGGAAAAGUUUUGGAAGUGAAUAGAGACAGAAAUGAUCGCGUCACCUUCUCCGGAAAUCGUGUCACCACCUGUGAUCGUCUGGCAACUGAUGGAAUAGUGCACCAUGUGGACACUGUGUUCAUUACUCGUGACGCCCUGCCUGAAGAACUGGGUGGAGAAAAAGAGAUGAGCUCUUCAGUUAUCUUCAGUCACGAUGGCCAAGAGAUUCGUCUCUAUGGAGUCUAAACAGUCUACAAGAAUCAAAGGAGUCUAAACAUUGCCACGGAUCAGUCAGUCUUCUUAGUAUAUAUAUGUUGUGUCCACAUUUCCAUAUGAGAAAUCACCAAACCUGAAAACCCCAAAUAUCGUGUGUAUUUUGUGGCGUAUAUCAUAUACGUACAACACAUUAUAUACAUAGAUUUAUCCUAUUGAUGUACCCAUAUAUGACCGGCCUCAGUUGUAUUCACUUACAUACCUAUAGAUACAAGCACCAAAAUAUCUCUAGAGGUAUUAUAUAUUUAUAUGUUUAGAACUCGGAAAAAUACUUUUCUAUAGUAGCUGUAGUAGAAAAAUCGAUGUUGGUAGAAACACUAUGUUUGCUAAAAAUUGAAAUUGGUACAUUCUAUAUUCCAUCGAUGUUGGUAGAAACACUAUGUUUACUAAAAAUUCAAAUUGGUACAUUCUAUAUUCCUGGGUUGAUUCUCAUUUUUAAUUUCCCAUUCCAAUCUACAAGACUACUAUGUAUGGCUACUCCGUUAUUAUCUAAGAUACGUUUCCAAAUAAGUGUGAUUUGUAUUAUUUUACUCUAAGAUUUAUAUUGUUGAUUUUUCACUAUUCACCUUUUCUGCAGAGGAAAGUUGCUAUACCUGCAUGUAAGAUUCAUUAUUAUUGAUUCAACAAACAGUAUUAUAUUGGAACAAUUUUUGAUCUGAGUUAUUGUAGACAUGCAGUUGACUGAUGAAAACGUUGUGUAUCUGCAAUACAUAUCUACAGUUAUGUUUUUAUAUUUUAUUGAUAUUAUCUUAAGACUUGUGAAGAUUUUUAUGUUCACCUAUAUAGUUCUAUUAUGUGCAAAUCAUGUUAGAGUGUUAUUAAAGAUAUGCUUUGCAAACUAA